AUCACCUCGACGCUCCUCCAGCGUCGCACACUCGCACAACUGCCAGACAGGCACGCCCAGCCCAGUCACGACCUCGCCACCAUGUCGUACCCGGCCACCGCCCAACAACAGCAGGCCCUGUUCGCCCACAUGAACCCGCUCGCCCACCAACAACAACAAGCGCACGCUCAAGCUCAGUACGCCCAGCUGCAAGCUCAGGCCAGGGGCAACCCGCAGCUACAGCAGCAGCUUCACGCACAACAGCUUCGCGCCAUGCAGCAGCAGCAGGGCGCACCGGCCCCUGCACCUGUCGUACCUGCCUCACAGCCCGCCGGCAUCUCGUCCCGCGAGCGCGACGUCGGCGACGGCGACGACCACUACCGCAACGCCAAACGCCGCAAGCCCACCGACCGCUCGCUCCCGUCAUCCUUCAAGCCCUCGCUCCCGUCCUCGGUCCCGCCCGGCCCGUCCGAUCUCGCCCUCGCGCCCUCGCUCGACGCCCUCGACCGCCUCGGCGACGCCUACAAGCGCCUCCAGGACAUCGAGCGCAAAGUCGACUGGACCGUCGCUCGCAAAGCCGUCGAGGUUCAGGAAAAGGCGACCGGCACCGUCGGCCGCGGCGAGCCUUUCCGCCGCACGUUGCGCAUCCACGUCACGGCGACUGCGCGCGACCAACCUUGGCAGCUCUCGACCGACGACCUGGCCAAGGAGGGCGACAAGGAGGCCGUCCCCGACCCGGCCACCGAGGCCGAGAACAAGCCCGACACGGCCAGUGACGACACCAAGGUCAAGGUCCCGCGCGUCGAGGUGCGCGUGACCGGCGAGAUCCUCGAGGACGACCGCUACCCGUCAAGCUCGACCCCGUUCACGACCUUCCUCCACCGCCUCGUUGUCGAGACGCCUUCGCGCGACCCGGCCGUCCAGCCCGUCGGCGCUCAGCCCCUGUCGUGGACCCGCCCCUCGCCGCACGCUCAGCAGCCGUCGUCGCCGCCCAAGCUCCCCGCCGCGCUCGAGUCGUCGCACCCACUGUCGGGCGGGCCCGACACCAAGCUCGACCUCAAGCUGUCGCUGUACGUCGCCCACCCGGCCGGCGACCGGUACGCGCUCCACCCCGAGCUCGCCAGCGUGCUCGACACGGCCGAGGCCGACCGCGUCGGCGUCCUCGAGGCCCUGUGGAGCUACGCCAAGAGCCGCGGCCUCGUCGAGGAAAACUCGGACGCGUCGGCCGCAGGCGCCGCGACGGCCCCGCAGCAGCAGCCGGGCGCCCAGGUCAAGAGCGGCAUCAAACCCGACGACCGCCUGCGCAAGUUCUUUGGCAACGUCGGCCUCGUCCAGUUCCACCACCUGCCCGAGUACCUGAACCGGCUCCUCCUGCCGCCACCGCCGCGCCAGUUUGUCCUGUCGGUCCCCGUCUCGGCCGACGCCGCGGCCGCACAGCCGCAGCACUUUGCGUUCGACACGCCCAUCUACGUCCCAUCGCCGGUCCAGCCUGCCCUCGACAGCGCCUUGCGCGCCCUGUCGUCGCUCGUCAACCCGGCAGCGACGUCGCCGCCGACCGGCUCGACGACCUCGCCCGCCGCCGUCCUCGCGGCCGAGCUGUCGGCGCUCGACGACAAGCUCGCCCUCAACGCGCUCGCGACGCGCCAGCACGCGCAGCAGCUGCACGCCCUACAGGGCUUUGCGCGCGACCCGCGCGGGUUCCUCGAGCGGUGGGUCGACUCGCAGCGGGCGCGCUCGCCGACGUGCUCGCCGCGACGCGGCAGCGACGGCGUGCUCGGCCCGAGGUGGCGCGACGAGAUCCGCAAGGCCGACAGCUGGGACGCGCCGUGGGUCAAGGAGGCCGUCGAGGUGUGGGCCCUGAGGGACGUCGAGGGCAAGGCGCAGCGUGCGAGGCAGGCCCAGGUGCUCCAGCAGCAGCAGGCGUACGCGCAGCAGCAGCAGCAGGCGCAGUACCAUGCGAACGCGGCGGUCGGGUACGGCAGGAGGUAGAUACUCUCUCGUGUCGUGCAACGACAGGUUUCCUCUCUUUUCUCGAG